GCAGAUGUCAGCUACCUGAUGGCCAUGGAGAAAAGUAAGGCGACCCCGGCCGCCCGAGCCAGCAAGAAGAUCGUCCUACCCGAGCCCAGCAUCCGGAGUGUGAUGCAGAAGUAUCUUGCAGAAAGAAACGAAAUAACUUUUGACAAGAUUUUCAAUCAGAAAAUCGGUUUCUUGCUAUUUAAAGAUUUUUGUUUGAAUGAAAUUAAUGAAGCGGUACCACAGGUGAAGUUUUAUGAAGAGAUAAAAGAGUAUGAGAAACUGGACAACGAGGAAGACCGCCUGCUGCGGAGCCGGCAGAUGUACGACGCCUACAUCAUGAAGGAGCUGCUGUCCUGCUCACAUCCAUUCUCGAAGCAAGCUGUAGAAUAUGUACAGAGUCAUCUAUCAAAGAAACAAGUAACAGCAACUCUUUUUCAGCCAUACAUAGAAGAAAUCUGUGAAAGUCUUCGAGGAGAUGUUUUUCAAAAAUUUAUGGAAAGGUAUCGAGCUUUAUGCAUAUGUAGAAGUGAUAAGUUCACCAGAUUUUGUCAGUGGAAAAAUGUAGAAUUAAAUAUUCACCUGAGCAUGAAUGACUUCAGUGUACAUAGGAUUAUUGGCAGAGGAGGGUUUGGGGAAGUGUACGGCUGUAGGAAAGCAGACACUGGAAAAAUGUAUGCCAUGAAGUGCUUAGAUAAGAAGAGGAUCAAGUUGAAACAGGGAGAGACACUGGCCUUGAAUGAAAGGAUCAUGCUGUCCCUCGUCAGCACCGGCGACUGUCCCUUCAUCGUCUGUAUGACCUAUGCCUUCCACACUCCAGAUAAACUGUGCUUUAUCCUGGACCUGAUGAAUGGGGGCGACCUGCACUACCACCUCUCUCAACAUGGGGUGUUCUCUGAGAAGGAGAUGCGUUUUUAUGCCACUGAGAUCAUCCUGGGCCUGGAGCACAUGCACACCCGCUUUGUCGUCUACAGAGACCUGAAGCCUGCAAACAUCCUCCUGGAUGAAUAUGGCCACGUGAGGAUAUCUGAUCUCGGCCUUGCCUGCGAUUUCUCCAAAAAGAAGCCACACGCCAGCGUGGGCACCCAUGGGUACAUGGCUCCUGAGGUGCUGCAGAAGGGGACAGCCUAUGACAGCAGCGCCGACUGGUUCUCCCUGGGCUGCAUGCUCUUCAAGCUCCUGCGAGGCCACAGCCCUUUCAGACAGCAUAAAACCAAAGAUAAACAUGAGAUCGACCGACGGACCCUGACGGUGAAUGUGGAGCUUCCGGAUGCCUUCUCUCCCGAGCUGAGGUCGCUCCUGGAGGGUUUGCUCCAGAGAGAAGUCAGCCAGCGGCUGGGCUGCUGCGGAGGCGGGGCACAAGAGGUGAAAGGGCACAGCUUCUUCAAGGGCAUCGACUGGCAACAUGUCUACCUACAGAAGUACCCACCACCCCUAAUCCCUCCUCGGGGAGAGGUCAAUGCUGCGGAUGCCUUUGAUAUCGGUUCAUUUGAUGAGGAAGACACCAAAGGCAUUAAGCUGCUCGACUGCGAUCAGGCUCUCUAUAGGAACUUCCCACUGGUAAUCUCCGAGCGCUGGCAGCAAGAAAUGGUGGAAACUGUCUACGAAGCCGUCAAUGCCGACACCGAUAAAAUUGAGGCCAGGAAGAGAGCUAAAAAUAAGCAGCUUGGCCAUGAGGAAGAUUACGCCCUGGGGAAGGACUGCAUCAUGCACGGGUUCAUGCUGAAGCUGGGGAACCCCUUUCUCACGCAAUGGCAGCGCCGCUACUUCUACCUCUUUCCAAACAGACUGGAGUGGAGAGGAGAGGCUGAGACUCGGCAAAAUUUACUGGCCAUGGAGCAGGUCCUCUCAGUGGAAGAAACCCAGAUUAAAGAGAGAAAGUGCAUUUUGUUCCGAAUAAAAGGAGGAAAGCAAUUUGUCUUGCAGUGUGAGAGUGACCCCGAGUUUGUGCAGUGGAAGAAGGAGCUGACAAACACCUUCAUCGAGGCCCAGCGGCUGCUGCGUCGUGCCCCUAAAUUCCUCAAUAAACCCAGGUCAGCCAUCCUGGAGCUUUCAAAGCCACCGCUGUGUCACAGGAACAGCAACGACCUCUGACCCUGGAGCGGGGACCUGGAGGAGGACCCCAGCUCCAGCCAGAAUUGGAGCAGAGCUACAGGGAGCCACAUGGGACCAAGACCUGGCGGUUCUGAACAUGGGCUCUUCUGGACUGGGGAGGCCAGCGACACUGAGAUUGCCCUCCAGGAGCCGGGAUGUCCUCAGGGCUGGCCAGCCUCGUGCCUGGCCUGCUGCUUUGUCAAAACUACUGAAGAAACAAAGGCUCUUUUCUGUGUUCCACGCUUACUUUGGUAUUCACAGACCCAGAACUUGAAAUGAUUAUUUCCCAUUUAAAUGGUUAUGUCUCUCAUCAAGCACACCUGAGGGUUUCCAGGCUGGGAUUGAAGUCUCCAGAGCUGGAAAGUGCCUUGUCCUAGGUGUGGUCAUGGAUGAGUGCCCUGCCUGAGGUCUCAGUCCUGGAGGAGGUAAGGCCACUGUGGGUCUCUGUGGAGGUCAGAGCUGCUUUCUUGCUGUGUUGGUAAUGAGGUAGCCCUGGGCCCUGUGUGUACUGCCAGCCUCUGGUGACUCUGCUGCUAGUCAGAAGGAAGAGGUCAGAAUGACUCCUUAAGGAAUCACCAUGGCAUCUAUCAUCAGCCACUUCUGGUCAGUAUGAUCAGAGGAGAUGUGCUAGGAUGUCAGGUCCAAGAUGGAUACAGGUUACUAGGUCACUAGGUAGUACCCUGUACAUGUGACCAGCCUGAGCUCCUUGGGUCGGCCUUGGGUCUCCAGGGUGAGUGGUUCAAUGGUUAGAACUGGGUCAGUCUACAUUCAGCCUGACCCUGGGAAGCAUGUCAGGUUGAUGUGCCAAGGCAGAAAAGAGUUGAUGUUCCUAUCUCAAUGAGGGGUGACUCCAGUGGGUCACCUGCGUACAUGGACGUCUUUCACAUUCUCUGUCAUUAAUGCACUUUGCACUGGGUUGUUCUACAGCAGGGACAGUGUGGAGCCCAGUGGUUGUUCCCCUAAUCCCAAUAGCAAGUACCCUUCCCCUAAAGGCGGUUUCCUCCAUUGCUGUCCCGCCUCCUCCAUGCCUCCAAUGAAUGUUGGGUCUCUGGGUCACCACACUGAAGUAGGAGUCACUGAAAGCCUCCAUAGACUUGUCCAAUUCUUGAGGUUGUAUUACAGAGUAUCCAAAUUAGCUGCUACCAACAUAAAGAAAUUUGGCACCAGAAUUCUUUGUGUUCUGUCCCGCAUCUUCUUAGCAGUUCCAGAGCUCUAUCUUUGAAUUUCUGUGCUGGGAAAAUCGGUUUUUUGUUGUUGUUGUUCUUUGUUUGUUUUUAUUGUUGUUGUUUGGUUUUGCUUUUGCUUUUUGAGUCAGGGUCUCCCAGUUCCAGCUGGCCUGGAACUCACUAUGUAGACCAGGCUAGCCUCGAUCUCACAGAGACCCACCUGCUUCUUGCUUUCAGAGUGCUGAGAUUAAAGGCUUGGGCCACCAUGCCUGGCUAAAAUUGGUCAUUUUUUACUGAGUUUAUCUUUUGAGAGUCUGGAAGAUAAUUUUCUGAAAGGCUCUUUUAUUCCAUAGGAGUUUGGAAAAGAGGAGGGAUUUAUUAACCAUCUCAGUUCCUGGUCAGAAUUUAAAUGUAUAAGUGUGCUCUGCUGACUGUUCUUUCUAGUGUUGAAAGAGUGAUACACCAGGUACAGGCAUUCCGCUUGCUUAGAAGAGAGUAUUCAGGCCCUCUCUCUCUUGCUCUCUUGCUCUCUUGCUCUCUCGCUCUCUCGCUCUUGCUCUCUCUCCAGGCAGAAGCAAAGCUGCUGUUGUUCUGAGACUUGUCUUUUGACCCUAGUUAAGUAUUUAGUUAUUUUUUAAAUUUUAAUUAAUUUUAGUUAAUUGUUAUGACCGUGUAGGUAUGACCAGGGUGUCGCACGCUCAUGAUCUCUGACCCACAGGGACAGAGGCUAUACCUCCAGCCUCUUGGGAGGUAGAUAAUGGCCCAUUCAUUGAGGUGUGUGUGGGGGCGGUAGCUACACCAAAUGUUUUAAAGAUGGCUCAGAAGUCCUGUAUCUUUGGAAAGUUAGGCCAAUAUUUUCCAGAAAUACCUUUUGUUACUGCUUUUUGCUGAGUGCCGAUCUCAAGGUCCCCUCUCUUUUAGAAGAAAAACGUGUGAGAAAAAUCUCCCGAGAGCCCUUCUACCUCAGACCUUUCCAAGUAAACUACCCCCUGCCCUGUUUCAUUUAUGAGGGCAUGGCUGAGAGGUGUAUAGGUGGCACUUACUAAAGCCCUUGAGAUUCGGUUGGGCUGACGACCGGGUCCAGUGAGGCCACCCAAGGCCUGUGCCUGUUAGCCACACAGCAGACCCCCAGGCCUGUGCCUGGGGCCCAUGGGGUGGAAGGAGAAGUAACUGGGUUUGAUAUACUUGGCUAUUUUAGAAAUUUCCAGAAUGUCAGUGAAUUCCUAGAUGUCUGAUACUUCUUAUAUUUAGACCAUUAACAAGGAUGAGAGGUGGCCCAUGUUUUCUCUUUAUUUAAGUUUCCUGAGUCAGAGUAUUUAACAUUGUUAAAGAUGAUUGGGGUGACAUGAUUUUUAUAAAAUUAUGUGCUAAGGAAACUUGGUUUCAUAAAUCAAAAGAAUCAAUACACAAAGCCUAAAAAAAUUAGAUUCCUUUAAAACCGCUGUGUAACACACAGGAAAUAAAUGAAAGCCUUUGGCGAACUCCAGCGUAUUCUUCUUAACCUAAAACAUCCUCCUGUCCUUGGGGCCCCUUGUGUUUCCCUCUGAGUUAUUGUUAAGUGUGAUUUUUUAGCCAAACUUGUAGAAAUUGGCUCACUAUGUCAUCAUUGAUGGAGGCCCCCUUUGCUGUUUCUGUAGGGGCCUGCACCUCUGCUGGGUCUGUUCAUUGACAUCACAAAUCCUGCUUGUAAAUAGGAGCAGUGAAGGGUGGCACACUGAAAAGAUGACACAUGUGCUCAAGACACACAGCAGCAGGCACUGAGGUGGCGCAGGCCCAGGAGCCCAGCACUGGCAGGCAGAGGCAGGACGCUCAAGAGUUCGAGGCUAGCUUGCGCUACAUAGCGAAACCCGGCCUCAGAAUACUGACUGCUGUGGCUAUGGCUCAGUGGUAGAGCUCUUGAAUACAUGACCAAUGCUGUGGGUUUAAUCCCCAGCAGAGAGAGAGAGAGAGAAAGAGAGAGAGAGAGACAGAGACAGAGAGACAGAGAGAGAGACAGAGAGAGAGAAAGAGACAGAGAGAGACAGAGAGAGAGACAGAGAGAGAGAGAGAGAGAGAGAGAGAGAGAGAGAGAGAGAGAGAAUCUGUUGGCCUGACCUGUGGUUUGACUUUGGCCGCGUGGCUAUUAGGAGUGAUUGUUCUGAGACUUCAUUGGCCACUAGAAAUGUUGUUCACCAGUGGACAGUAUGACUAAGGAUCAAGGCAUGGAUCUCUCUCUUUUUUUCCUUCUUCUGAUUUUUAAAUUUCAUCCAGAAUUUGGAGAUGGGCCAGCUGGAUAGAGCAUCUGACUUUCCCAUAGAGCCGAGUUCUCUAAUAAACAUUUCAAAUUUUUCACAUAUCAAGAAGCAAAGCAAAAUUGUCAAAACCCUAACCUUUUUCACAUGAUGUAAAUGCAUAAAAAUGCUUUGAAGUGUGUUAGUGUUGAGUCCAGGCUUGCUCACAUGCAUAUGUGGCUCAGCAUCAUUCACAGAUGAGGAAUAAGUUCACGCCUCCCCCAGCAUGCCCUGGGAGAGGAGCUGGACUGUAUUCAGAUUGUGACAGGUGGGUGGAGCAGAUGAGCAGCGUCACAGUCACAGAAGAGUGGCAACAGGAUGAGGAUCAAAGGAGACGGGCCUGCUAGUGAAAGCCAUUCCCCUGACUCCGUGAAGAACCAAGCAAGGUUUGAGGGAAGCUGGUAGGAAAUUCCCUCAAGAUUUCCACAGAUAUCAUUAAACAAAGUUUAGUUGCUUUAUUUUAGAGCCAAAGCUGCUUCCAUCAGGAGGGGACUAGGAGUUCUGCAUCCGGAAUGUCCCUCAUCAAUGGCACAUCCAGGGUGGCAUCUGUCACCUGACACUGUGCUUUGUGCUGGGCAGUGAGGGGUGAUAUCCUGGCUACUGCCAAUGAAUUUAUUGCCAGAUGGAGCUUUGCAACUCUAAACCCCAGAAUGACAUCUUGGGCCUUGCUGUGUGGCGUGUGCCUCUCUGUUUCCAUGUAACUUUGAUAUUUUGAAUCAAAAAAAUUUUUUUUCCUAAAGAAUGAAUCUGGUUUUUCUCUCCCAAGUGAAGUGUAACUUGAGAGAUUUAAUUGCUGAAACUCAUGCUGGUGGGAUUGUUUUCUUUCUUUAGCCCUCAUUUCAGUGUGUGUGUGUGUGUGUGUGUGUGUGUGUGUGUGUGUCUGUGUGUGUGUGUGUGUGUGUGUGUGUGUGUGUGUGUGUGUGUUUUGUUAUGGAAUGAAUGCAAGUUGAGCUGUGAGCCUUGGUCUUUUCAAGUCAUCCCAGACCCCAGGGCUUUUGUUUCUUUGUUUUCCUUAAAGAAUAAAUGAGCACCAGGUACAGUGUCUUACACCUGCAAUCCCAGUAUUCAGGAUGCUGAGGCAGGAGGAUCACAAGUUCCAGGACGGCUGUGCUACGUGGUUAAACAAUGUCUUAAAAAUAAAUAGACCAACAGAUUAAGAGCUGUUGUUGUUUUAUGGAACAAAGCAGGUGUGACUAAGUGCUCUUGCAGGUAACCGGAAGGAACCUUGUUCCCAGCCUGGCUGUGGUGGUGUUCCCUGAGCAAAGCAGAGCCACACACUUUAGACUGUCUUGAUUAAAAACAGAGACUACAGAAAGCCAAGUUAGAAGUGUGCAUCUUUCUUCAAGAACAAAACCCUUUAGUUAGCUCAGAUUCAUAAAGUUAGGUCUCUAGUGUCUAAUGAUUUCAAAGUCCUUUCUGGAAACAGGUAACUAUGCCUCUCUUUUUAAUUCUGUCCUCGAUGCCUUUGACAAUAGGAUGGGGACAAAGCAAUCUUUCUGAUUGUAUGUGUCACAAAAGACAGACGUAACAUGUCAUUUCCCCUUUCCUUGGUGGUUACCAACCCCGUGGUUGCAUGCAUUCUAUGUGGCUUAGAAACUCAACGCUGGCCAUUUUUUUUAGUUCCAUUGUGAAAUUAUAUUUUUCUAUGUUUUAAGUAAUUAUACUAGAUCUGGAUUUUUUCUGGGUAAAUAGAGACAGAUGAGCUAACUAUCUAUGGGACAAGAGCUCUAUUUUAGCAUAAAAGCAUUUUAUAUUAUUUAUUGAAUCUGUAUGUUUGUUUCCAUGGAAACCCUCUGUACUUCUGCUCCUUUUUAUCUGUAUAGUUUGUUAUUUAAAGAAAAUGGCAGCCUUUUGUGUUGUUGAUACAAUAAAGCUGAAGUUGUUGAGCGCA